AUGUGCCUCCCAAGCCUCUUUAAACACAUUCUCCUCGCCGUCUUCGAUCCCAUUUUUAUGCGAGAGGAGCAUGAAAUGGAACGUCGGGGAAAUUGGCGUCAAGCUCAGUUUCUCCGCCGCAAGCAUCACUUGGACUUGUUUUCUUCAAUACAAAGCUGGAAGAGGAUUGGCAAUUUGAUUCUUGCCCAGCAGCGACUGGUGUUCCUGGCUCAAAAGGAGGAGUUCUUCCGCGAGUGCGAGGGAAGAUGCCUCAUGCACUUGACACUUGAUUUGGCGCCUGACAAAGAUUGUCUGAUGGAAAAACUACGGACGGCUCAGAGGUUGUCGUCAGAAACACAUCAGAAACUCUGGUACGAGGAGCGGCGAUACCAGAAACUCCGUGCGUCAAUCCCCGAGGGACCUCUAAGAAGGGCCUUGUAUGCUCGGGAGAUGCAGCCGGAUUGGCACCUUUCGUCCAAAUGGCUGCAAGGUCAUUGUGCAGCCAUGGGAGGUUGCUGCAGACGAAGCUGCGGCUGUUGUGCAAAGCCCAGGAAUUCUGACAUUCACAGCAAGAUCUACGGGCAUUGCUUCUCAUACUGUAUUUGCUGUACCGAUACGAGAGGAUUUGAUGUCAGACCUAAGAAUCUGGAGAACGACCCGAUGCAUGUAUCCUUAGAUAUGAGCAAAGCACAAAUUAUCGGUGAGUACGAAGAGCGAUUGCUGAAUUCGUACAUCUGGGGCCUUUUGUAG